UUUAGAGCCGCGCGCCGGGCGGGAAUGUAAGAUGGCGGAGUAGCAACGCGAAGUGCUUAGUACUGAGACUCUGGGCCGACUCGGUUCGGGUCUCGGCAGCAGCAACGACCGAUAAGGAAAGCGUGCCUAGGAUAGUUGGCCAAGAUGCCGAAUAUCAAAAUCUUCAGCGGCAGCUCCCACCAGGACCUAUCCCAGAAGAUUGCCGACCGCCUGGGCCUGGAGCUGGGCAAGGUGGUGACUAAGAAAUUCAGCAACCAGGAGACCUGUGUGGAAAUCGGCGAAAGUGUCCGUGGAGAGGAUGUCUACAUUGUUCAGAGUGGCUGCGGUGAAAUCAAUGACAAUCUAAUGGAACUUUUGAUCAUGAUUAAUGCCUGCAAGAUUGCUUCGGCCAGUCGGGUUACUGCAGUCAUCCCAUGUUUCCCUUAUGCCCGGCAGGAUAAGAAGGAUAAGAGCCGGGCUCCAAUCUCAGCCAAGCUUGUUGCAAAUAUGCUCUCUGUAGCAGGUGCUGAUCACAUUAUCACCAUGGACCUGCAUGCUUCUCAAAUUCAGGGCUUUUUUGAUAUCCCAGUGGACAAUUUGUAUGCAGAGCCAGCUGUCCUCAAGUGGAUAAGGGAGAAUAUCUCUGAGUGGAGGAACUGCACAAUUGUCUCUCCCGAUGCUGGAGGAGCUAAGAGAGUGACCUCCAUCGCAGACCGGUUGAAUGUGGACUUUGCCUUGAUUCACAAAGAACGGAAGAAGGCUAAUGAAGUGGACCGCAUGGUGCUAGUGGGAGAUGUGAAGGACCGGGUGGCCAUCCUCGUGGAUGACAUGGCUGACACUUGUGGUACAAUCUGCCAUGCAGCUGACAAACUUCUCUCAGCUGGAGCCACCAGGGUUUAUGCUAUCCUGACUCAUGGGAUCUUUUCUGGCCCAGCCAUUUCUCGCAUUAACAAUGCAUGCUUUGAAGCAGUAGUAGUCACCAAUACCAUACCUCAGGAGGAUAAGAUGAAGCAUUGCUCCAAAAUACAGGUGAUCGACAUCUCUAUGAUCCUUGCAGAAGCCAUCAGGAGAACUCACAAUGGGGAGUCUGUCUCCUACCUGUUCAGCCAUGUCCCUUUAUAAUAGAAUAAGUUCUGAGGCUUUUAAAAAAUAAAGUGAGCCCCGUCCCUUA